CAUCUCCCAGAUUUAGAUUCAGGCUUUUGGGUAAUAUUUUUUCUGUACAAUUGGUGGCAGAAGUUUCAACUCUGAGGAGCAGACGAGAGGGAAGUUCGGGGGUAGAAACUUUGCUGCCAGCGUAUCAGAAGCAAAAAAGUCUCGGCAUGUGAUCUAACUCCGUGUUAAUGAGGGGAUCAGCGAAGUCGGCAUUGAUGGAUUAAUUCUAUUUGGAAAUGAUGGUGUUCAAUAAGGCGCUUUUAAAAUAUCCAACCUAACAUAAAAUAUAUUUAUGCCCAGGGAUUGUUUAUUACUUUUACGGUAAUUUUUCAUCAUAUUUUACGGUUGGAGGAUUAUUGCGCAAGAUGGGAAUUUUAAGUGGCGUGAUUUUCAUUCUGAUAAAAAUUACUGUCAUAUCAACGAAUCAGUGCGUUCUAAAUGAUGGAAAGUGCUCUUAUAACGUGUAUCUAUCGAAUGACAACUGUGGGGGACCAAGACAAAGAUCUGGCCAAGUUCAGAAUGAACAGAGGGACUCUUACACGGCAGCAGACAUGCAAAAAGACUUUAACGUGGUUAAGACUGACCAUGAAGACAGAAUACGAGAGCUGGAGGCCUCUGUCCAGAAAAUGUUGAGAUCCUCUUUACCUACAAAUCAGAUUCCCAUUACCUCUAAUUCCGUAGAAGGACCUAUUAGACCAGUGAAUAUUGAGAAUUUGUUUCCCGGUGUUAAUGCUACUGAGCAUGGCUUACUUUCUUCUCUUCAUAACCAUUUCACUAAGUUAAGAAAUGAGAUUCAGGCAAAGACAAAGAAACUAUUGGACAUGGAGGUUAGGCUGAAUGACACGUCCAAUGCUUUAGCUCAGGCUCACGAGGAACUGUUCAUAAACAGCGAAAAGGUCAUUGAUGCCGAACAUAAAGUGGCUUCAAUGGAACAAGAAAGAUACAUGCUGAAAAGCCAAAUAAAGUAUAAAACUGAACAGCUUAACCACGCUUUAGAGAAAGUCAAUAUAACAGAUGCUAAGCUUCUGCAAGUAGAGAAACAAUUGUAUCAUUUAGUCAGGUCCGAGUCCAAUCUAAAGGAAGAAUUGGGCCUGUAUCAAUGGAAACUGAACAAUUCCCUGAAAGCCUUCAAAAGUCUGAAGACUAAUUAUACAAAGUUAGAUGGAAAAUACAAUGAUACCAAGGCUGAAUUAGACCGAGCCCAUAUAGACUUUAUGGAAUGUAUCACUGCCAAGACGCAGUCCUUUUGUGGGUUUGAAAACGAUAUGUGUGGAUUUACACAAGAAGAGAAGACAGAUGAUUUUGAUUGGAUUAGAACAAAAGGAGAAACUCCCUCCACUGGCACCGGACCUAUAGGGGACCACACAUGUGGCCAGGUCAAAGAUGCAGGACAUUUCCUGUUUAUCGAGGCCUCAGGUCGGCUAAACAACAACAAGGCAGUGAUAUACUCCCCAUUCUACCAGAGUCUAAGGCACUUGUGUGUAGGGUUCUACUACCAUAUGUUUGGUAGACAGACAGGAACGCUUAAUGUUUACACAAAGACACGUACCGGUGACGUCAUUGAGUCGGCGUGGAGAGCAUAUGGUAACCAAGGAAAUGUGUGGAUUCAGGCCCUUCUAGACAUACCUAAGAAUCUGGCCAGAGCGGGGUUCCAGCUGGUGUUUGAAGCAAUAGCGACAGGUGGUUAUCUAGGAGACAUAUCUAUAGACGAUAUUUCAAUUAAAGAUGGAAAAUGUAACUCUCGCACCGUCACGCCGGUCUCCGUGACUUCAAACGUGACACAAGCAAGAAACGCACAGAUACGAAGACUACAGAAAUUCAGAAAGUUCCGAAGAAUGCUUAGUCGGCGACGUGGAAACCCGUGAUAACUGUUGACAUGUUCUAAUUAUCUGCAACUAUGUUAGAUAUACUUUGUUGAUUUUUAUUGAACUCGAGUGUCUUAAUCUGCAUAUUUGAGUGGGGUUUAUUUUUUUAGUUUCUCUCAAUGGAUUUUCUGAAGGAAUUUUUAAAAAAAACGUUUUAUCUUAAAUAAUAUGCCCUGAAAUACUGAUAGCUUAAAUAUAAUCUACAAUAUAUGGUGGUUUAUGCCUACGCUGAUAUACAAUGUACUUAAUUGAGUACAUGCAUAGUAUAAUUUUAUAUGAUGAAAUGUUUGCUUGUCUCGGUAUUUGGAUCAACUUAUUAGAGUGCAAAUGUUGUGGAUAUAGGGUUAUUGUUGAUACAGAUUUAUAGACAGGCUUCAUCCUACAUGCCUUGAGUUGUUUUUUCUGUUUUUCUCUGAUAUGAAGGCAGCUGUAAUAUCUUUGCACUCUUCACAAAUCAGAAGAAUUGUGUUGUAAUAUUAGCGAGUUAUGUACUAUUACAUUUCCUAUGGGAAUUAUACUAUUAUUUUGUUAACCUCUUAUUGUCAGUCUGUCAAAUAUACCAGAUACAUACAUUUUGUAUAAUAUGACCGUGAAGACACCAUGCAUAAUUAGGAAUCACACUCUUGAAAUUGUAAAUGAUGAAAAAAAACACGAAAUUUGUAAAUGUUUUCAUGACCUUCAUUUUGCCACAUUGUAAAAUAAAUAACAAAUACAAGCAAUGUCAGUGACAAAUCUAACAUAUAUGUAUUACAUAGUAAUAAAAUGUCAGCUCAAAAGUUUAAUACAAAAAUCCUGACCAAUGCAAAAACACAUUAAGUUGAUACCCUAAUUAUCAUGAAUGCCUUAAUCUCAAGUACAGAAAGAUAAAUACUUGUAGCAACAUUGUAAAACAGUAACAACAAAUAAAUUAUGAUUAUUCCUUAUCAUCCAUGGCAUCAAGAUUUUGCAUGACAUAAAAUAAAUGUUCAUUAAUGAU